AUAAAAUGCAAUGUUGUUAGUCUCCUAAAAAGAAGUAAUUGAUCUUCUAAUACGAAAUCUGCUUGUAGAUUAAAGUCCGAUUCUUAUCAACUAUUUUUGCCAAACAUCUACUUGCCUUGAAAAGUUGAAGGAAUAGAAUAAAGACGAAAGAUGUGAAAAUGAUAGCUGCCACAACAAACAUCUGCUACUGCGUGUUUCCUGUCGUUAAUCUGGAUUCAGUCUAAAGAGGUAAAUAUACUACUAUCAGAAAGAGAAAUGUAGAGAUUUCAGCCUGAUUCUUUAAAAUAUUAGUACGGUAUCGUUCGACAAGUGGAACGACCCAGCGUUCGACUGACCUCAUGUCAUCGCCACAGCAACGCGGCCCAGUGUGUGCUAAGUAAACUAGCAGGUCAAUGUUCUACCGGUCGUUUUGCCUACGUGGAGCACGACGUGUAUACUGAAUGAUCUAUUCCCGACCAGAAUAGUUUGUAUAGCGUCAUAGAGGUUGCGAUUCUGAUUUUUUGUUGCCCACAGUCUUCAUUGUUUAGCUUGUCAUAUUACCAGACCUGCAAACUGUGGAAACUCCCAAGCCAGCUGCUUAGAACUUGAGAAUUUGAGACACGUUCGGAUCUCAGGUCACUUCCGCGUAGCCUCUCAAACAACGCCAGGAUCUUUCCAACGUCAUGGAGAUCAGAUCGCGUUAUGUACUGUUGUGUGUGAUAAUAAUUCUGACAGUUCACGGAAUCGGCACGGAGAAGGUUCUGGUGGUGCCGCUGGCCGUAGCAGGCAGUCACUGGUUCCCCCUAGCGUCAGUCGGCCAGGCCUUGGCGGGGAGGGGCCACGACGUCACGGUUGUUGUCUCUCAGGACAUCGUGGACAAACGUCGCACCGAGAGACCCGAACUGCGGUUUGAGUCGUUCUUUGACCAAGGAAGCCGUUCCAGGGUGGAAGCUAACACAGCUCAGAUAGGCGACUUAUCAAAUAAGUCCGUCUUCCAUAUGUUUCAACACCUCCAAGAGGGGAUGAACUUUAUGGCUGAGCACUGUGAUCUGCUUCUGGCAGAUGCAGACUUGAUGGGGAGGCUGAAACAAGCACGUUUUCAGGUUGUCGUAUCAGAGCCCUUCUUUUGCUCGUGCGGAGCCAUAGUCGCAGUUUACCUUGGUGUCCCCCACGUCGCUCUGCUGCGUGGUGACCCCUCGGGACUUGACGCUCUCGCAACUGGUGUGCCCCGCCCCCCGUCUUAUGUACCGUUUCUCAUGUCCAGUUUUACCGACCGGAUGACUUUCUCACAGCGGGUACAGAACCUUGUCGUGUCGUGUACAUCGCCUGUGAUGUUUCAGUGGCUCGCGGGACGUAUCAAUAAUGAUCUAGUGAAUAAGUACCUCGGCGAGGAGGAGACUCUUCUGGGGGUUUUGGCGAAGACGGAUGUGUGGCUUUAUCAAACCGACGUUUUGCUGGACCUCCCGAGCCCGAGGAUGCCUAACAUGGUCGACGUCGGAGGGAUAAACUCUCACGAGGCCCGUCCACUUUCCGAGGAUUUAGAGCUGUUCAUGCAGAGUUCUGGCGGUGCUGGGGUCGUGGUGGUCAGCUUCGGCUCACAUGCCAAGACCAUCAACCCUGAAAGGGCAGAGGUCAUGGCAGCAGCCUUCGCGCAGCUCCGACAGAAGGUGGUGUGGCGGUACACGGGAGAGAAGCCGGCCGGGCUGGGCAACAACACCAAGCUGAUGAGCUGGCUGCCGCAGAACGACUUACUGGGCCAUCCGAAAACCAAAGCCUUCGUCACCCAUACGGGCUCUAACGGUAUGUUCGAGGCCCUGUACCACGGGGUGCCCAUGGUCUGUACACCGCUGGCUGCGGAACAGCCCGGCAACGCGGCUAGGGUAGUCUCCAGAGGGCUGGGAGUGAGGCUGGACUUCAGCACGUUUACAACAGAAACAUUGUACCAGGCCAUUGUGCAGAUUCUAACUGACAAAAGCUACCGUGAGACGGCAGCCCGCCUGUCCCGUCUGCACCGUGACCAGCCCCAGUCACCCAUGGAGCGGGCCGUCUGGUGGAUAGAACACGUCAUCAAACAUGGCGGCCUGCCCCAUCUCCGCGCACGCGCCGUGGAGCUGCCGUGGUACCAGUACUACCUGCUGGACGUGGCUGCCUUCCUGUUGGCCGUCUGUUCAGCUGUUCUUGUGCUCAUCUGGUGCAGCUGUUCUCUCGUCUGUAGAAAGAUUUGCCUUAAAAGUAGCGGGAAGCUGAAGUCUCAGUAGUCUAAAGGAUCCUAGAAAUUGUACCGCUGCCGCUCAGUUAGCACUGCCUGCUAUAUGUAA